CCGUGACAGCCCCGCUCCCGGCUGGUUCUCAUGCCCUGCAGUGCUCAUCCCCAAGUACAGGAGUGAGCCAGUCGCUGCCCCCAUUUGUCUCCUACACUCCUCAAACCAGCCAUCCCAAGCGAUUUGUUUUCACUUUUAUUUUGGUGGGACAUGUAAUGGAUUUAAUUAUCUGAGGCCUUUUGUACCUUCAUUUGUUUUUCAGAGUUAGCAAACUGGUUUAUUUUCCUGUGGAGAGGGUGUAUCAGUUAGAUAAAGCCACGUGUUCCUGUGGGACUUUAAACUUCCAAGUGUGCCAUUUUGGAGUCAGACGUAACUUGGUGUACACACAUGAGGUCAUGUCUGAGAAAGACAGUUGUGAAAAUCUGAAAGAUGAAACCUGUUAUGAAGCUGAAAAUGAACAGAAGACAGAGGAACUUGGCUGCUCUGAGAGCAAUGAAGGGAGAGAACAAGAGACUGUGCCUGUGACUCGGAAAAGACCUGAACCCAAGCCCCCAAGCCAACCUGCUGCCACAGAAAAGCCUGCAGGUGAAACCAUCAAGGUCUCAGAUCCUCCUGCAGUUCAGACAGGGUGGGGCUACUGGGGAAGCUGGGGGAAAUCUCUUCUGUCAACUGCAUCUGCUACCGUAGCUACCGUAGGUCAAGGUAUUUCAAAUGUCAUAGAAAAAGCAGAAACAACCCUUGGGAUCCCCAGUCCCAGUGAAAUCUCAUCAGAGUCUAAAGAUGCUGCAAGAGGAAGUGAGAAUCUUGCUGCCAGCAACGGUGAUGCAGCUGAUGAUGGCAGCUCCUUCCCUAUUGCUGGUGCUCUUGAAGUUUUAUCAACCAUCUCUACUGCUGUCCAAAGCACAGGUAAAAGUGUUAUUAGUGGAGGUCUGGAUGCCUUGGAAUUCAUCGGCAAAAAGACAAUGGAUGUAAUAGCUGAGGGAGACCCUGGAUUCAAAAAAACAAAGGGCUUAAUAAACAGAACCUCUACAUUAUCUCAGGUCUUACGAGAGGCAAAGGAGAAAGAAGAGCAGCAGACAGCUACCGAGGUUGCCAUGGCUACUGAGAAGAAAGCCCAUUAUGGGUUACUGUUUGAUGAGUUUCAGGGUCUUUCGCAUCUGGAGGCCUUAGAGAUGCUUUCCAGAGAGAGUGAAUCAAAGGUGAAAGCAGUUCUGAAUGCCCUCUCUGGAGAGGAGUUGGACAUGCUGAAGGAGGAAAUGGAACAACUCAAAGAAGCAUUUUCUUUACCUGAAUUCUUUGAAGAAGAAGAGGAAGAAAAGAAAGGAGAUGAAGAGUUCACAAAAGAAGUGACAGAGUUGUUUUCAGAAUUGCACAUCUCCUCCACGCCAGACAAAGUGAUCAUGGUGAGGACAUCUGCUCAUGAGUGGAUAGCACGAUUCAACAGCAGUCUUCCUAAAGAAGAAAAAGAAAAUGAAGAAAACCAAGAAGUAGAAUCCAGAGAUGGUGACCAGGAUGCUAAGAAAUCAGUAGAGGAUAUUCAUGCAUUUGCCAUAAGAAGCCUGGCAGAACUGACGGCCUGCUCCAUUGAAAUGUUUCACAAAACUGCAGCUUUGUUUCUCUAUGGUCAGAAACAGGAGGUGACAGUCACAGACAGAGCCAAGUCCCUGUCACAACUGACGAUCAUGCUGUGCAAAGAACUGUCAGCUUUCUCUAAAGAGUUCACAACAUGCUUAACGACUGCAGGGGUCAAAGAGAAAGCAGAUGUGCUUAAUCCCUUAAUCACUGGAGUGUUUUUGGAGGCUUCAAACAGUGCUUCCUAUAUCCAAGACGCCUUCCAGCUCUUGCUGCCUGUACUGCAGAUCUCUCUUAUUGAGGCUAGAACAGAACUAUCACAGUAAUAAAAAUCCUUCUAAUUAAGAACUUUUUGACCUUCCCACUUCGUAGUUUCCAUGCUGGAGAAUGAUGCAAUGGCUCUUAUUAAAGGGAAAAAGAUGAACUCUGCUCACUGCUGCUGCAAGAAUGGUGAUUAAGUGCAGUCUGGCAAUGACAUCUCUUACAGCACACUGAGAGAUGUGAUUAGCAUAGUCCAGGCUGGUGGACAACGUGACAGACUUAAAGUGCAGAUUGCUUCUCUGUUUCAUGGACUGUCUGUGUCUUUUCACUGAAAUCUCUCUGCUGUAUGUGUUAACAAGCUCUUUGUGUUCACAGUCCAGAGAGCUUCUCCGUGCUGAAGAGGAGAGUAGCAGCUGGCUAGUUAGUUAGCUAAAAUCAUGGUGUGAUUUUUAAGUCAGGCAUAAUUGGGUUCCCAAUAGCUCUGCAUUUGUGUUGAAAUGAAUAUUAGAUAGGAGGUGCAAGAAAAGGCAAAUUUUUGUGAUUAUGAACCUUGCAGUUCCUAGACUGGGCAGAACAGAGCAGAGAGGAUUCCUGAUCCAGCUGUUGCUGAAGAGAAGCUCAGCUUCCUGAAGACGUCUGUACUGACUCAGGGAUGUGGGACAGGGACUCUCACCAGGGUGCUGUUUCUCAUUCUCUCACGCUGUGCUUGCUUCAGCACGAGCUGGGAAAAUGCUGAUCUGGCCCUGAGAAUGCAGGUACUUGGCUUUAUAGCAAUAAAUGAGAACUGACUAAAAGGGAUUGAUUCGUGUUUGGGCACUUUAAUGAGAGAAUUCAGCAGGAGGAUUCCAGUUUUUCAGUGCAGCUUGACAUGUCAGCCACAGACUGUUCACAGAUUCACAUACUGCUUGUCUUCUCUUUCUGUGGAAAAACACUAUAAUGCAAUGCUCCUUCUUGGAAGGUAUAUAUUAAAGUAGGGAGAGAGGCAGCAAUUUGGUUCUGUUAGUAGGAGUCCUAAUUUGCCUCAGAAGCUGCUCCACGUAUGGUAUCUGUUUCUUUGUGCUGUGCAAGUUCCCUGCUUUGUUCCUUUAUCUUUUGAGCUUGCCCAUGGGGAGGCAGCAGCCUCUGUUGGAAUCACAAGAGCAGAAAUGCACAGCUAAAAUGGAAUUUCAAGAAGUCCAUAAUAGCUAAUCAGAGGUGACUGAGUGUCACACCUGCCUCUGCACUUGCUCAUUGGUAACAAUGAUGCUCAAAUCCCCUUUUGAAAAUCCUCUGGGUUUUAGCAGGUCUUGCUCAUCUCUGCUAUACUGAAGGUGUAGAACAUUCCUCUGCUCUAGUUGUGCAGUAGAGAAGUGUUUUUUGUAUUAGAAUACCUUUUGGUUAAUACUCUGAUUUUAUAUAUAUAUAUGGAAAAAAAUCUGCCUUAGUCAUGGUUAGAGUAAUUGGAUCUCAAAAGGGAAAGCUUUUUCUGGCAUCUUAAAACUGGACUUGAAAGGAGUGUGUCCGGGUUAAAAAAAUCUGCACUACAAUAAAAUCUGUAUUUUUUUCUU